AUGAUCCGAUAUUCAUAUGCUAAUAUUAGCAAACCUGUAAAAUCAAAUACAGUUAAAGUCUCUGAGAAUAAGUACACUUUUGAGUAUCCAUGUGAAAGUACAUUUGAUUGUACAGAUUAUAUCAUCCAUCUUCCUCGUGGCACAUACAAAUUUGAGUUGUAUGGUGCAUCCGGAGGAAGUUCUCAAGGUAAUGUUUCUUCAUAUCGAUUUCCAACUGAUCAAUGUAUCUUAGAUGAAACAGUUCAUAAUGUUGGAGGCAACACUAUCUGUCUUCGAAAACCAAAUGUUGGUGGUGCUGGUGCAUAUAUUAGUGGCAUCAUCACCUUAAACAAAGAUAUUAUUUCAUAUGCCACUAUUGGUGGCAAAGGUCAAUUUAAAUAUAAAAUCCGAAAAAGGCAUGAAGAUGAUUGUUAUUUGAAAAAUAAUAUGAUUGAAGGUGGAUAUGGUGGUGGAGGUUAUGCCUCUAAUUAUUUUUAUUCCGAUUCUGAUUUUGGAUCUGGUUCCGGAGGCGGUCAAACCGCCGUCAAAUUUGAUGUGAAUGAUCUUUGGCACCGAGUUAUUGUGAGCGGUGCUGGCGGCGGAUGCGAUGAUAAUAAUGGAAUUUAUAACAGUGAAAAUGAUGGUGCAGGCGGUGCAGGAGGUGUUGUUGGCCAAGGAUGGUUUUUCAUGAAUAAAUAUAUAUUUGCCCGCGUUAUUUUUAAUAUUGAAUUUGAAAUAAAUUUUGUCAAAAAAUAUUGA